GAAUGAGCUAACGUCCAAUCAAACAAGACGUUAGUUUUGAAUGUGAGCUGAUACCGAAAAACUACAACACCAAUACCAAUUUAUCUCGUCAGGUUCACUACUUGGGACUUUUUCGGCUCUUCGUCAGUUUUCAAGCCCCGGCGACCUUUUUAUCGACAGUUGUUUCAUGGGAACCCAAGAGGGAGAGAGAAGCUGGGUUGAUGUGGCAAACGAUCUACUCAGCAGGUGUAACGUAAACCUGAGGUUGAGGAAACUGCCGGACUGUAAUGCAGAUGUUUUCAUCACUUUAUACGAGAACAUCCUCGGAGAGACAGUUCCAGAUUAUAUUGCAUUGGCGUGCAGUCAAGAGGAUGAUGUCCACAAUGUUCAGUCUGUGAUUGACUCUCUGUCUCUGGAUUACCUUCAGAUCAGCCUCUCACACAUCACAGGAGAAAAUGUUGUCAGAGGUGAUAAAGAGUCAAUCAAGAACCUUCUGGAAAUCUUUGAUGGCCUCCUGGAAUACCUCAAUGAGGAGAUAAAUGAGGAGUCGCAGAAUGGUGAUGAACUUAAUGAUUCUCCAAAUGAGGAUGAAGGUGGUAAAAGCAAGGAGCCAACCAGCUUGGAGGCCACAGAGCAGAAGAAUACACAACAGGAGACAUCAGUUUCACCCAGUGUAGAAUCAACACACAAUUCUGAGGAGGCUGGAUCGAUUAGUGGGUUCAUCGGGCUCGGUUGUUCUGCUCAAACAUUCACAAACAAACAAGAAGAACCAGCUGUUGCUCCACAAACAUCAGACGCUGUCAGCUCCUCGGGUCCCGUUGGCAGUAAGGGAGCUCCACACAGUGAACAGAUCUACUCAGCCAUCCCAUUACAGCCACCCAACCAGCGUAACACCCCCCUCUGUCCUCCUGACACCAACCCGCAGUCACCCAGCCGUCCUCCCACAGCUGCUGCCCUCAGUCAAGGACCCAUAGGGAAGGAGAUGACCUCUGACCCAACACAGGUUGAGAACUCUAAGCUGGUAACAGAGACUCUGACCAAUGGAAAAACAUCACCCUGCCUGUCACUUGCUGAAAGUGAGAAAUCUGCAUCCAGCCAGCGAGGAACUAAGGCAGAAGUGGAGGGUGAGACACUAGAGCCAACUAAUGGAGGUCCCAGGAAGGUCUUAUUCCGCACCCAGCCCGAUGUGCUCUUCCUUACUCUGCAGGAUCAAUUGACGGCCACCACGUCUUCACCACCAGACAUUGAGGAGGAUGAGGAAGAUCUUAGUCGUACACAAAGAUAUAAGGACAGGGGAACAAGUCACAGAAAAAACACAAGCAUUCGCAGGGCGGUAGCAGAAAGUUCAGAAGAGUCUCUGGCUCAUCGGAGAAAACGGAACAAGGAAGCAGAAAAGGAGUUGCACCACAUAUCUGAGAAACUCUCUCAUCGACUGGAGGAACUGGAUCUGAUGUUGAAACGAGUUCUGGGAGAAAGUGAUGAGUCCAGUGAAAUGAGGGAGGAGGACAGGCAGCCCCACUGCAGCGACAGCAUCAUGGAGGGCCAGAGGACUCUCAGACAACCCACAGGAACGCCCGACCCUGAGUCCGCCAAUCAAACGCUCUCGACAACGCCCUCUCCUCCUCAUCAUCAACGCUCCUUACAUGGACAACUGGAGGACGCCAUGGCGGAGGCUUUGAGCCUGGAUGAUGAAAUACAAACUAACCUUCAAGUUUCUGAUCAUUCAAAACGAGGAGAGUCACACCACAGGCCGCCUCAGAGAAAUUUCAACAAGCAACUGGAAAAUGAAGCUUAUGAAGAGGAGUUGAGAAGAUAUGAAGAGAGAGAACGGACAAAACUACAAAGAGCACGCCUCAAAGCUCAGAGGGCUGAGCAAGAGUACAGAGAGGCCAUUCUACGAGAUGUUUCUCCAUCACCCAGACCGUCUCCUGGCAAAACAAAGGCUCAACAUAAAACACAAACAGGAGCACAGAAACGCCUUGAGGGUCCCAGAAAAGCUCCCUCACUGACAAUAAAAGAGAAUGAGCUCCUCCCUUUGUUGCGGGAAGAGCUACCUCACCUUCAUGUCUCUCCUCAUGCUUUGGGUCGAAUGUGGGAGCAGCAAAGGCAGCAGGUGGACAGACUACAUGCUUUAUCCUCCUCGCCGAGUCCACAUCGUUACAAACUCUCCAGGCAGUUGGGGGAAGCUCAGAGGAAACAUGACCUGCUGGUGGAUCUCGUGCGUAAAGACCAGGACCACAACAGACGUCUGAGGGAGUUUAAAGAUCGGAUCCAGCAGCAGAAGUCGGUGCAGAACAAAUUGAGGGAGCAGAGGCAGCAGAUCGCCCGAGCCAAGAAGUACCACAACGACUACCAUGUUCAGCACCGAGCCCGCCUGAUGAGGGCUCGCACUAAGGAGGAGAGGAUGUUUCGGCAGCUAUUUGAGGAAGGUUUGGGGUUACAAAAGCUUCGACUGAGGGAGCAGAGAGCUUAUGCCAAGGAGCAGCAACUGGAGCAUCAGAGACGACACCAGGAUCAGAUCGAGUCCUUGGAGAACUACUACAAGGAUCAGUUUUCACUGCUAGCUGAAAAACUUGCACAAGAGCGAGAGGAGAUCCAGGUUCGGAAAAAGGCUCAAGAAAAGGCUUUGCUAAAAAUGAAGCGAGAGCUGCGCUCCCGAAUGGAGCGAGAAAUAAGGGACCUACAGAGAAUCAUCAUCCAGAACGACGAGGAUGACCACUUCCAAGACCUUGAGGUCCAGACGCUGCGGAACCGGGUCCACAUGGCUUCCUUCCAGUACAACACCAGCUAUCUACACUGAUCAGGAAAAGGAGACUAGUUUAGGUCCAAAUUAGGGAUCACAUUUACCCCGAAGGAUAGAGCUGCAUCAGAUUUCUGCGAUUAACAACUAACGGUACCAGAAUCUAAAGCCACCAACACUCUCAGGCAUCUUUUUCUAGAGAUUUGCACAGAAUAGAACGUGACCAGUGUGAGAACGUGAUUUAAAUUUUAUUAAUGAGUUUUACACACACUGACUAGAUGUAGCUAACUCUUCCUCUCACCUCUGCUGCUACACCUGAACUUCAGACACUUUGGACCAAGUCCUCCUCUUCGGGUUUAACGUGUUGAAUACGAAUGUUUUUCCUUCCCGACUGCAGUCAUCGUGUGCUUUUAUUGUAAAAUAGUGAAUUGUUCCUUCUGUUGCCAAAUAAGGACCACAGACACAAAGUUGGUAUAACUGUCAACUAACUUUGUUUUCUUCCUUUUACAUGAAAUGUCUUCCGUUUAAUACUUUAACCAUGCAAGUGGAUUAUUUAUUUAACUUUAAUGUUUGAUUUUUAAUACACCUGGAUUGAUCGCUGAUCGUCAGGGGCAACGAUAAUCGGUCUGUUUAUGACUUCACUUUAACCUCUGCUUGAUUGUGACUCUUUUCUACUGUUUUCCAAAUCCUGAUGAAUCACUGAAACGAAUCAAUGAUUCUGCCAUUUAAACACCACACAGUUGUGUUUUUUGUAACCAUGGAGCAUAAAUAUGCCCCCACAACAUCCAUUAAAUGUGUGGAAUCACUG